CACCCUGCCUUUGUUAGUGUUGCUCGGGGUUGUUUGUGGUGGUGGGUGUGAAAGAGACGGACGUGGGCUUGUUUUUCUAGUCGCUGACUAUCUGAAGAUUUAGGGCUCCUUGCUGAUCUUUGGGGAGGGAGGAGGAACAAAUGCCUGCCAGGUCUCACACCUACAGUAGCUUUUGUUUAUUCAGGCACAUGCGAUUUAAAAAAGAAAAGAAAAGCACCGUGCAAGAUAAUCAGUAAGGAGCUUUCCUUCUGAAAAUCCAGGCCUGUCUCAGAACCGUCUCCAGAGAAAGCAUCGUUUUUUGUGGUGUAUCAUUUGUGUAAUACAGCAAGUCUUGGGAAGCUGUAGGCGGGGUCCUGAGACGAUUUUCUGGAGGUGGGUGAUGCCAGAGGCUCCCGUAGACCCAGACAGGAUCAAGUUUCUUCUGAGGGUGCUGAUUUAGGAUUACUUUAUAGCACACUAGGAAUGGUAAUUUCCACUUUUCAGGACUGCAGACUAAGAAGCUAAAGAGAAGCCUGUGUAAAUAACUGGCGCUGCUCCUGCUGUCUUUUUGCACUUGGAGACCCUUUUGUUUCACAUACCUGAGGAGUUUUUAACUAGUGCAGUCACUAUGAAUGUGACAAGUUUAUUUUCCUUCACAAGCCCAGCUGUGAAGAGACUUCUUGGGUGGAAACAGGGUGAUGAGGAAGAAAAGUGGGCAGAAAAAGCUGUUGAUGCUCUCGUGAAAAAACUGAAGAAAAAGAAAGGUGCCAUGGAGGAACUGGAGAAGGCCUUGAGCUGCCCGGGGCAGCCGAGUAACUGUGUCACCAUUCCCCGCUCGCUGGAUGGCAGGCUGCAGGUCUCCCACCGAAAGGGACUGCCUCACGUCAUCUACUGCCGCGUGUGGCGCUGGCCUGAUCUUCAGAGCCACCAUGAACUGAAACCACUGGAGUGCUGUGAGUUUCCUUUUGGUUCCAAGCAGAAGGAGGUCUGCAUCAACCCCUACCACUACAAGCGAGUAGAAAGCCCUGUUCUUCCUCCAGUGCUGGUUCCAAGACACAGCGAAUAUAACCCUCAACACAGCCUCCUGGCUCAGUUCCGGACCUCGGGACAGAAUGAGCCUCACAUGCCGCUCAACGCCACCUUCCCGGAUUCUUUCCCGCAACCCAGCAGCCACCCAUUUCCUCAUUCCCCGAACAGCAGUUACCCAAACUCUCCUGGAAGCAGCAGCAGCACCUACCCUCACUCUCCUACCAGCUCAGACCCAGGCAGCCCUUUCCAGAUGCCAGCUGAUACGCCUCCACCUGCCUACUUGCCUCCUGAAGACCCCAUGACCCAGGAUGGCUCUCAGCCAAUGGACACAAAUAUGAUGGCACCCUCACUGGCCUCCGAAAUCAAUAGAGGAGAUGUUCAGGCAGUUGCUUAUGAGGAACCAAAACACUGGUGCUCUAUUGUCUACUAUGAGCUCAAUAACCGUGUGGGUGAAGCGUUCCAUGCCUCCUCCACAAGCGUGUUGGUGGAUGGCUUCACUGAUCCUUCCAACAAUAAGAACCGCUUCUGCCUUGGGCUGCUCUCCAACGUUAACCGAAAUUCCACUAUUGAAAACACCAGGCGGCAUAUUGGAAAAGGAGUUCAUCUUUACUACGUUGGAGGGGAGGUGUAUGCCGAAUGCCUCAGUGACAGCAGCAUCUUUGUGCAAAGUCGGAACUGCAACUACCAUCAUGGAUUUCAUCCCACUACUGUUUGCAAAAUCCCUAGUGGCUGUAGUUUAAAAAUUUUUAACAAUCAAGAAUUUGCUCAGUUACUGGCACAAUCUGUGAACCAUGGUUUUGAAACAGUCUAUGAGCUCACAAAAAUGUGCACCAUACGCAUGAGCUUUGUGAAGGGCUGGGGAGCAGAAUACCACCGCCAGGAUGUUACCAGCACCCCCUGCUGGAUUGAGAUCCAUCUGCACGGCCCACUCCAAUGGUUGGAUAAAGUUCUCACCCAAAUGGGUUCACCUCACAAUCCUAUUUCGUCGGUGUCUUAAAUGGCCUUAGGCUUCUGCUUCUUAAAAACUAUUGAGCCUUGCAUGUACUUGAAGGAUGGGUGAGUCAGACACGAUGGAGCGCUGACAAAGGAGCCUUGAUAAUACUUGACCUCUGUGACCAACUGUUGGAUUCAGAAAUUUGAA